UGGGUUUUGUUGUCCCACCGCCCACAGAGCCUUGUGGACCCGACAGAGAAGCUAGGCCCGUUUCGAGACUCGGUCCUCGGCUGUAGCUCGCACACGGAUAAAUACGUCAACAAACACCUCGUCGAAACCGAGGCGGCGGUGAGAGGGGGAGCCGGAGCGAGGGGCCGUGGAGAGCAGCUGUCCGGGGAUCAGUGAGUUAGCUGGGACUGAGCUAUCCGGCGGAGCCGCGGAGGAGACUCUCACUCUCAGUUUGGUCCGUAUUUAACUUCACGAGCCUCCAAACUACGUGAAGACUUCAAGAAACUUUUGUAGACAAGCUAGGAGACAGCGAGUAUGUGGUUGGAGCCACGGGCGUUGUAGAAUGAAGAGCCCGGCGCACCGCACCAGGGACAUCGAGCGGCAAGCUGGCUACCUGAGGCCCGAGCACUGCGCCCCUCCCCCGCCCCGCACCAGCUCCGACACCAUGUGGUUCAUCCGCGACGGCUGCGGCAUCGUGUGCGGCGUCAUCACCUGGCUCCUGGUCUUCUAUGCUGAGUUUGUGGUGGUGUUCGUCAUGCUGCUUCCCGCCAAGAACGUGGCCUAUAGCCUCUUCAACGGGGUGCUCUUCAAUGGCUUGGCCUUCCUCGCCCUCGCCUCUCACGCCAAGGCAAUGUGCACAGACCCGGGAGCCGUGCCUAAAGGGAACGCUACCAAAGAAUUCAUCGAAAGCCUGCAGCUCAAACCAGGACAGGUGGUGUACAAAUGUCCCAAGUGCUGCAGCAUCAAGCCUGACAGAGCUCACCACUGCAGUGUGUGUAAACGCUGCAUCAAAAAGAUGGACCACCACUGUCCCUGGGUGAACAACUGUGUCGGAGAGAACAACCAGAAAUACUUUGUGCUCUUCACAAUGUACAUUGCACUAAUAUCCUUCCAUGCACUCAUCAUGGUGGCUUUCCAUUUUGUGCUCUGCUUUGAAGAAGACUGGACAAAAUGCAGUAACUUCUCUCCACCAGCAACCGUCAUCCUCCUCAUCCUCCUCUGCUUCGAGGGUCUUCUCUUCUUGAUUUUCACUGCAGUCAUGUUUGGGACUCAGGUUCACUCCAUCUGCACCGACGAGACGGGUAUUGAGCAGCUGAAAAAGGAGGAGCGAAGAUGGGCCAAAAAGUCUAAAUGGAUGAAUAUGAAAGUGGUGUUUGGCCAUCCGUUCUCUGUAGCCUGGCUGAGCCCGUUUGCAACACCCGAUCACGGCAAGGCGGACGUGUACCAGUACAUAGUGUGAAAGCUGGUAACUAAGCUGAGCUCUGCUGCUGUGGACUAAGACUGAUCAGUCCUGGUCCGCCUGUUGGCUGGACCUCAAUGAGCAUGAACUCCUCUCAUCCACUUAUAUACUGUCUUUCAUUUCUGGAUAUUUCUUUUAAUUUCAUUUCAGGGUAUUCAGUUGUAAGCCAUUGCAGUUUUUUUUUUU